UUUUGCCUAUGACAACUAUGAAUUUUUAAUUUCAAUAUGCAUGCAAAACAAUAAUCUUAUGUUAAACCACCAUUACUACUCUAAUCAAAAUUUGGAAUACGAAGUAUAUCUUUAACAUAAACCGCACUGCUUUGUUUAUUCUUAAUUAUUAGUAAUAAUACUGUUAGUUUUAUGGUGGUGAAAUUGACAAUAAGAUUAACCUUGUUAUUUUCCGAAAACUUGUUAUAGAUAAGAUUUUCAAACGAUGAGUAAUUUCGCCGGUAUUUUUUCAAUAGUUUAUGUUACUAUUAAAACCGGCGAAUAUGCAAGUACACUAUCACGUGGGCUAAUAGAGCAUAAAUUAGCAGCUUGUAUCAAUAUUAUAAAAAAUGUCAAGUCAAUAUACAAGUGGGAUAAUUCGAUUGUCGAAGAUGAUGAACAUUUAUUGAUGAUAAAAACAAGAACAGAUACGGUUCCUGCUCUUACCCAAUAUGUUAAGGAACAUCAUCCGUAUAAAGUGUGCGAAGUUAUUUCUGUACCCAUAAGGAAGUACCACCGAUCGAUCAAAGAGAAACAAAUAAAUCUUAAAUUAAAAAUUUUUUUUUUUUUUACAAAGUAA